UAUUGCAGACUGGGUAUACCUAGGUAUGCAGGUAAUACGAGUGCUGACGUGUAGGACGCUAUCUUUUCUACUCGAUGCGUUUCUAUGUAAACUUCCUUGGACAAUCGAGUGAAAGUGAUGGCUUAGGAAGGACUUAUGGAGCGAAGAUAUUGAUGCUAUCCUACUACAAAUUUCACGUUUUGUGAGCUCUUCAUACAUUAUGGAAGAUAUGAGCGUGAUGUCGAAGGGACGGAAAAACUUCUCAAAGAAUGGUGACCAUAUCUUACCUUGAUUUCUUAGGCGACAAGACUCUUGAUCACAUAAAUGUGUCGAAUCAUCCAGCGCUAACCCGCAUGGGAGAAUGGGUAGCAAAGUUGAGCGACAUCGGUCCGCAUACGAGAUGUUGGCGCUCUUGGAUUUGACACUCGGCAUCUUAUCUGCAGUUCACGAAAGCAACGGCUUACACCCUGCAUAUUCCUAAGCAAUCCCUAAGCUUUCUUAGAUUUUGCAAAGCCUUGCCACAUACCAUUUGCCGGCUAGUUCCCUUUGGAGUGGUGCACUAGAUACCAUUUAUGGCGAAGACUAGAAGUUUGAUACAUCUCUCGGUGCCUCUCUCGUAGAUAAUAGUUGAAAGCUAGUGGAUUAAAGACUAUAAUAUAUAAACCCAGCGGACUCUGACCGACAAACUCUGCAAUGAUCCGCGCGAUCCGUAUUUUAUAUUGUUUUGGCUGCGCUGCAUCUUCGCAACCCGGUUUAUCUCCUGCAUUGCUUUCCCAGUACCGAGUUUAGCUCCCUACCCGACAUGAUCGCUACCGGGUAAAACUAUAGCAUUCGGAUUCCGUGUGCUUCUAAUAAUACCGCUCACGAACAUGUCAAAGUCUUUCAAUGUUGCAUCGCAGCAUUGGCGUAGCUACAAUGAACAUUGCCACCGGAUAAAAAAAAUGACUGCAGAAACGCCAAAGCCCUAAUGAUGUCAAUCACGAACAACGAUAAACCAUUUCGCGUGCUGCGUUGGAGUAUCGGCAAAGGUACAAGUAGCAGCGUGUCUUCACUGCUAUUACACUCUCAUCUUACUUCGCACCAUCCCGGUCAUACUACAAUAUGAUUUCACUCAAACAAAUCCUUGUCACAGCUGGUGCGCUCUUCUCUGUUGCCCAAAGCCAGCAGUUCAUCAUCCAAAACUGGGGCAAUGGCCAAGACACCACAAACUACACGUACAAAAGUCUUGAAGCCGGCCGCUUCACUGUAGACUGGGUUUUGGGACCUGGAGGUAACUUUGUUGUUGGUAAAGGUUACCGAGGAAGCCCUGACCUCGUGGUUAACUACACGGCGAAAUACAAUCCCCAGGGCAACUCCUAUUUUGGUCUCUAUGGCUUCACGAGUAACCCGUUUGUAGAAUUCUACGUCGUGGAAGCGUUUGCCGAGCACAAUCCCUCCGACAAUGCAGGUCACUCAUUCUACGGCUACCACAACAGCGACGGUGCUCAGUACGAGCUUUGGUCUAAAUACAAUGGCAAUCUUCGCCAAUACUUUGCUGUCAGAAGAACAUCUCGUCGCGGUGGCACCAUUACAUUCCGGAACCACUACAAUGCCUGGAAAGCCGCUGGUCUACCCGCUGGAACUGUAGGAAAUACAUUCAUUGUUGUUGAAGGCCAACAAGGCAGAGGCAACGCUGAUAUCACUGUUGGAGUGAGACCAACCGGUACUAUCGCCGAGACCCCAACGCCAACGACGCGCUCUGUUGUCUGUGAGACUCCCACACAAACCAUUGGGACAGUCUGCAGACCCAGAAACGCCAAGCGCACUGAAGCAUAUAUGGUGUAG